GAAGAGUGAGUGCAACUGAGAGAAUAACCUUGAAAACGCCAGGAAUCUUGUCCUUGAUAAACGCUGCCAAAAAUAUUAGCUGGUGAAAUACGGAGUGCGCGCCACCGUUAAAGAUUAGGCUCACUACCCGGCUGCCGCCACUAGGCUUACCCCUAGAUAGCCGACAACGAGCGACACCCUGUUGUUCGAUUUCAAAUCCUACACUGUUUCAAUUUCAAUUUACCACACCGAAAGCAAAACCAUCCUACCACACCGAAAGCAAAAUGAUGCCUUCUUUCGCUGACAGCAGCCUAGAGGAGCUGCAAAAGCAGCUGACAGCUGAAAAAGAGCGCCUCGACGAUAUGGAGAAAGCGGUGAAAGACCUGACCCUUCGAGAUGGAUGUGAAGAACAACUAGAGCAACUGGAAUCAAGAGUGGAAAUAGAAGAGAAUCGAGAUGUAACGGAGGUUAGGUGGAGGAUAAACAAAAUAUCGGAGACGAGACGAAACUUGAAGAAAGGCGAAUACGUCAAGUCACCGCAUUUUUCAAUAGCACGAUUUCCAAAGAAGUGCUCCUUUCACUUCUAUCCGAAAGGUAUUAGUAUUUUUUCAGACUGAUACAACUGUUUGCUUUUGAACAAAAAUCUCUCACUUCGGAUGUGGCUAAAAGGCUUUUUUUAGGCUGCUGCAAUUGUUUUUUACCUGCUCAUCCCGAUUUGUUUCUGAGGCGAAGUUGAAUUCCGAUUUGUUUCAGGUGACGACUUCGCAGAGGAGGGUUACGUUUCCCUCUACCUCCACCUCCCUUCCAAACGUGCGACGGUGAAACGGUCUCUUUUUGUCGGAAAGAGAAAAACCGCGAGGAAAGAAGUAACCACGGAUCAGCCGGGGGAAAGCGAGAUAGCGGUUUUGAGCGGCGAAAUAGACACGAAAACGGAUAGUGUCACAGUAGGAGUUAAGGAUUUCGAGAUCGUGGAAUGCCAUGAAAGACUAGAGCAUUAUGGCUUGGUCAGUCACAUGUCUAGGUUUUUUUCCAGCUUUCUUCUCCUAUUAGAUGAGCAUCACUAUCUUCAACUCCCUCCUCUUGAGAAAUAGAAAGAGAGAAUAAGCAUAAGCUGGAAAAAAACUGCUACCUUUCUUUCAUAAUCAGGGGAAAACAGUGCUUGAGAUAUCGUGACAUCGAGAUCGCUCUCUGGAGUCGAGUCUCGACCGUGACUUGGUACUAGAUCACACAUGGGACACAUGGCAUGACAUGAGUCUGGUGCUGUGACCGCCUCAAAAAGAGAAUCACAAUACUCCUCAACAAACCUCCUGGUUCCACCUCCCAUUCAUGUUGCAGCAUCAAUUGAAUCGCGCCGAUAGAAUUAAUGUGUUCUCAUGAACAUGAUCUCAAGCAAUCUGUGGCUUGACACUACAGUCGAAGGAGG